UACGCGUCCAAUGCGCUAACCCCACAAACGUGGUCGUUCUUGCCUAGGUUGCUGUCCAAUCAAAUUCAGUAUUAUCUUCAGAAUUUCAGUUUUCUACUGUAGAUUCUGCUCUUGGUCAACAUCGCAGUUGUCCAGGGACCGUUGACACUUGGGCUGCAUUGCUCGGAGCUCAUCGCAAAUGUCAUUCGAGACGAAAGACAGUGGAGAUGCGCUACCGGAAGGAAAGGACUUCAAGUGGCGAUGAACCCGUUGAAGACGAUUUUCACUCAUCCAAUCUGUCUCGUACUUUUCGUCGCGAAGCCUUUCCUGCACUGGAUGUUUGGGCUUGCAUUCAACAUAACUAACAUCGCAUAUGACGGGCAGCUGGCAGAGUUUUCGAUGGCCAUGUUCACUACCCAGAUCUGGAACCUGUGCAUAGCGUUGUUUAUAUUUGCCUGUUUCUUCACUUUCGUCGCACUGCGCUGGCCGCGUGGCCCCCAGCCGGCUGCAUAUGGCCACCUCCAGACGCUCGCCAACCUCGUAGACGAGUGGUCGCCUUUGAUGUGGUGGGGACAUAAGGAGGACGGAAUUCCGUGCUGUCAUGCUGGUAGGGUGCUUAUAUGCUCACAAUGGUGCUAUUUUGACACUUUUACAAAGGGACGAGCGAUCGCCCGCUGCCGGAUGUGAAGAUGGACUGCAUUUAUGCUGGUUUCGGUGCUGGGUCUCUGGUACCCCUCUCAGGAGCUAUGUCCACGUCAAGUUGGCGAUGCAUUCGCGGUGCACACAACUAGCCAUGCCGUUGAACGAUACAUAUAAUUUCUGCUGCGUUGUAGGUAGUUCAUCUUGUACUUAUACCAUUCAUAUUUGG